CAACUCCCAAUGGUGUAUAAAUAUUAAGAGGUUGGUCACAUAACUGAGUCGUCAUACCAGAUAAGAUAACAAAAGAUCUAGACACAAAAGAAUGUGAUGUACCAGUGUCAAACAGUAUACGAGCAGUUCUACCAUGUAUAGAAAACAUACCCUCAAUAGCCUGAGGAGCCUGCGCAUUAUGUGGCAUGAAGUUAUAAACUCUGCCGUGAUGCAACUGCUGUGGAGGUUGUCCCGGAGGAAAUGGUGGUGCUGGAAGUGCCGGAAAAUUCUGAACUUGCCCACGUGGCAUCGGUAGGGCCGGUAGAGGUAAUGGCUGGUUAGGUCUCGGCUGCCCAUACUGUCCCUGCUUAGCUUUGGGACACAUCUUGGCCGGAUGCCCAAUUUCUCUACAGUGAUAACAACGUCCCGUAAAAGGACCUGUCUGCCUUCUCUGUUGAUUUCCCGACCACUGUUCCUGUCCGGUCUAAGGUACCCCACCUUGUCUACCCUGAUUAGGGACUCCAUCCCUCUGCACAUCUGGGUUUCCUUUGUUUUUCUUCCAAGGUUGAUGUCCUUGAAAUCUGCCCCGAUCAUUGGACUUUGUACCACUGCUGCUUCCUUUCUCCACUGUCUGGUAGUCUCGGUUAGCCCGCUUAUCUCCCUUAGACUUCCGGUAAUCACUCCUCAUCUGGCAGUGCUGUAAGGCGGCAUUAACCACCUGGAUAUAAGUAGUAUAUGCAGGACUACCUAUGAUCACCACUUUAAUCGGCCAUAUCAAACCCUUCACAAAGCGGUCUCUCUUCUUUUCUUCCGUAUUGACCUCCUCUGGUGCAAAUAAUGACAAAUUAAUGAACUUCUGUUCAUACUCAGCCACCGUCAUAUCCUCCUGUUGCAGAUCCAGAAAUUCAGUCUUCAUCGCUGAUCUUACUGACAUAGGAAAAUACUUGUCAUCAAAGCGAGUCUGAAAUUCAGCAUACGUCAAUCUGGUCCUCUCAUCGACAGUAGUAAUACUCUCCUUUAUAAUAUUCAGGGGAUGCUGUUGUCAAUGUCUAUAUAAGCCACGAGAAGAAAUUUGCUUUUGUGGAGAUGAGAUCUGUUGAGGAAGCCAGUAAUGCCAUUGCCCUAGAUGGCAUUAUCUUUGAGGGAGCACCAGUUAAGGUCAGGAGGCCCAGUGAUUACAAUCCCUCUUUGGCUGCUACACUUGGUCCGAGCCAACCCAAUCCCAGUUUGAACUUAGGUGCUGUUGGGCUAACACCAGGAUCCGCUGGCGGGCUUGAGGGUCCUGAUCGUAUUUUUGUGGGUGGGCUCCCCUAUUAUUUCACAGAAGCACAGACCAGGGAGCUGCUCGAGUCGUUUGGACCCCUUCGGGGGCUUUGAUUUAGUGAAAGAUAGAGAAACAGGAAACU